AUACAGAAUGUGCCACGCCACCAUGAUGACCAUGCUGUGUCAUCACUUUUUAUCUGUAAAGGAAAGCAUCAUGAACACUACAUUGUGUUCAAAACUUCAGGGUUCUUUUCCUCUGGGGCUAAAAUUAAAGCCAAGAGAAUUAUCUCUUGGUCCCACUCCAUGCCCCACCAACUCACCUUGCUCUAUUACUUCCAUGGAUCUCUAGUUCUAUAUCACUCACCUCCAAAGAUAUCAAUCGAUGAUUGA